AUGGGUAUCCAUAAUCUACUCCCGUUUGUGAAGAACGCUUGCCGCCAGGGAAAUGUCGGUGAAUUCGCUGGAUGUUCUGUUGCUGUCGAUGUCAGCUGUCUUUUGCAUCGAGGAUUGUUUGGAUGUAUGGAAAGUGUAGCACAAGGAAAGAAAACUAAUUUUUACAUCCAUUAUGUGAGCAAACACAUAAAAGCCCUGUUGGACGUUGGUUGCCACGUUAUCAUGGUGUUUGACGGUCGCCCUCUUCCAGCGAAGAAGAACACCAACGAUGAGCGACGCCAAAGACGAGCUGACAAUGUCAAAGCUGCAGAGCUGCUGCUUUCAGAAGGAAAAGUAAGCGAAGCGGCGGACAAGUUCAGAAGAGCGACGUCAAUCACGUCAGAAAUAGUUGAAAGUACUAUAGAACACUUCCGUACCUAUAAAAAUGUGGACAUCUUGGUCUCACCAUAUGAAUCGGAUGCGCAACUUGCAUUCCUAGUAAACGAGGGCUUCGCAGACGUGGUAAUCACUGAAGACUCAGAUCUGAUUGCAUUCGGAUGCGAAAAGAUUGCAUUCAAAUGGAGUUGGGAGACCGGAGAGUGUACGAUAUACGAGAAAAAGGAGCUGCCACGUUGUUUUUCUGGAGCUAUGAGUUCGCAAUUUGAUUUCACGAAAUUUCGAAGGAUUUGUAUUCUCUCUGGUUGCGAUUAUCUUCAGGCGGGUUUACCUGGCAUCGGGUUGAACAAAGCACUUUCAUUUUUCUCAAAAACCUCACGUACGGAUCUCAGAACGCUACUACCUCGUAUUCCAAACUACCUUAACAUGUCUAAACUAACGGUUUCAAAAGAAUUUAUUGAAGAAUUUAUUCGAGCAGAGAACACUUUCAUGUAUCAGGUGAUUUUUGAUCCAAGACAACGCUGUCAGCGUCCUCUAACACCAUAUCCAUGUCCUCAGAAGGAAAAAUCACUUGAUGAGAAUGAUGAUGAUGAUGAUUUCGUUCGGCCUAACAAAGGAAAAAAUUCAUCCGAUUACUCGUAUGCUGGCGAAGUGCUGUCAUCUAACCUAGCAGUGAGAUUAGCCCUUGGCAAUCAGAUAGAGAAUUCUGUGAUUGCGGACAAGUUCUUUUUGCCCUCACCAAUACCUGAGUGGUCGGUUUGGUGCGACAAGUAUGAGAGUUGCGGCAAGCAGAAACGACGUCUGGAGGAGGAACACAAGAGAGAAGAAAAAAAGUGCGGCUCAGCUUUUAGAUUUGAUUCCCCAUCCAAAAAGAGAGCAAAACUGGACGUCACUAUUGAUUUAAUCGACCUAGAGCAGGAAGACGAUCUGAAAAGUCUCCAAUCCUCGUCACCAGGAGAGAUCGUGCAACCGCCGGAUUUACGAUGUGACGUUUCAAGCAAGGAGAAACAAGGGAACUUGCGAAAUCUUGCAACUCGUCCAAAGUCGCUCAAGAAUGAAGCUGAUCCUACCUGGACAGUUGACGCAAUGAUGAAAAUGUAUGGUUCGGAAGAGAAUUCAUCAAUUGCGAAUGCUGCUGCAGCGAGUGAGUUCAGAGUCUUGUGA